GCUGUGGUUCAAGAGAUAAUAAAGACAGUUCAAGCAAAAAAACAAACAGUCAAAUCAUUUAAAAGGGCUGGGUUUCGAAAACGACCUCGAGACAAAAAUGAGCACCGAAUAUCUCCGUGUUUGUCAACUCCGAAGAAGAAGAAGGCUAAAGUAUGCGCAAAAGCAUAUACCGAGAAAUCAAAUCCAUCAUCCCCAUGUCCUGGAUCGCCGUCGCAAUGUCAAGUAGAUCGUGAGGAACUUUUAUUCAUCCGAAAUAGAUUUAAUAGAUUAUUAUCAUGCAACGAUUAUCCCGACUAUCGACUCUUUUUUCUCGCGAAAGUGUACGCUAUUCUUCUUGAACAUGAAUUCAACCAAGCUAUCACGUCGGAAGAAACACCACCCACGAAGAAGUUAUCACGACAGGCCUGGGCAAGUAGAAAUAAAAAACAGAGGCGUGAAGAAGAACAAAUUGAGAUGUCCCAGAAAGCCACCCGUUGUCUAUGUACUCAAGAUAAG